AUGUCACCUGUACUGCAGGCUCUCGUGACCGGCCUUGCCUUGGCGGGCUCGGCCGUCGCGGUCGUCCCAAAACAGGAGAUUGAUACUCUGGUCGCUUCGCAGAUCCUGAAGGAUCCCUAUGCCUUUGACUUCCCACGUCUGGGUGCCCCUGGCGCCUCGCAGUUCCCCAUGCGACUCUGCCAUGGGUUCAAGCUGGAGGAGGCCAGUGUGGAUGACAUUCAGGUGCAGUUGAGCAAUGGCACUUUCACCAGCGUUCAGCUACUGGAGUGCUAUCUGGACCGUAUUCUCCAGACCCAGCCUUAUUUGAACGCCCUCCUGCAGUUCAACCCGGAUGCCUUCUCCAUUGCUCACAAGCUGGAUGCGGAGCGUGCCCAGGGCAAGGUCCGUGGUCCCCUCCACGGUAUCCCCUUCAUUGUCAAGGACAACAUUGCCUCCAAGGACCGUCUGGAGACUACUGCUGGCUGCUGGGCUCUGCUGGGCAGCGUUGUGCCCCGGGACUCCCACGUCGUCCACGGUCUUCGUAAGGCGGGUGCGGUGCUGUUGGGCAAGGGUGCUCUGAGCGAGUGGGCUGAUAUGCGCUCGAACAACUACUCCGAGGGCUUCAGCGCGCGUGGUGGUCAGUGCCAUAGCGCCUACAACUUCACGGUCAACCCCGGUGGUAGCAGCACUGGCCCUGGCGUCGCUGUUGGUGCCAACCUGAUCCCCAUUGCCCUCGGCACUGAGACUGACGGAAGUGUCAUCAACCCCGCUCAGAGAAACGCCAUUGUGGGCAUCAAGCCCACCGUCGGCCUGACUUCCCGUGCUGGUGUCAUCCCCGAGUCUCUGCACCAGGAUACCGUCGGCACCUUUGGCAAGACUGUCCGUGACGCGGUGUACGCCCUUGAUGCUAUCUACGGCGUGGACACACGCGACAACUACACCCUUGCCCAGCAGGGUUUGACUCCCCGGGGCGGAUACACCCAGUUCCUGACCAACAAGGACGCCCUCAAGGGUGCCGUUUUCGGCCUGCCCUGGGAGUCCUUCUGGGCUCUUGGCGAUGCCAACCAGAUUGCUCAACUCGAGGAGCUGAUCGAGCUGAUCAAGUCUGCCGGUGCGACCAUCAUUAAUGGCACCGAGCUCCCCCACUACAAGGAGAUUGUGUCGCCCGACGGCUGGAACUGGGACUACGGCACCGUCCGCGGCUACGCCAACGAGUCGGAGUACUCCUACGUCAAGGUCGACUUCUACAACAACCUCCGCGACUACCUCGCCGAGGUCAACAACACCAAUAUCAAGUCCGUGGAGGACCUUGUCAAGUACAACGAGGACAACUACGGCUCUGAGGGUGGCUACCCUGGCAUCCACCCUGCCUUUGGCUCUGGCCAGGACGGCCUGAUCGCCUCCCUGGAGAGCAAGGGUAUCAUGGACGAGACCUACUUCUCGGCGCUGGAAUUCUGCCGCCGCACGAGCCGUGAGGAGGGUAUUGAUGCUGCUCUGAAGUACGGCACCAGCACCCUGGACGGCCUCCUGGUCCCCCCGGAUGUUGCUCAGAGCAUCCAGAUCGCCGCCCAGGCUGGUUACCCCGUUAUCACUGUUCCUGCCGGUGUCAGCAAGGAGUCUGGCAUGCCCUACGGCCUGGCCAUCAUGAACACUGCUUUCUCGGAGCCCACUCUGAUCAAGUAUGCCAGCGCCAUUGAGGAUCUCCAGAAGACCUCCGGCACUGAAUGGCAGCGCACUCUCCCCGAGUGGCGCGGCUACCUGCAGCGCAUGCUGCCCGAGCCCUUCUAG